AUGGUUAGCAUAAACUGUAUGCUCAAGACCGGGUCUGGCAAGUGUACUAAGAGGGCCGAAGUGAGCCGGAGGACAAGUGUAGCUCUACUUCGGAUAACAGGACACGUGUGUCGAUGGGCCAGUGCACACAGACAAACAGUCGGGCUGGCCAAUUGGGAAGAAGAGCCGACAAACCGGACGACAGACGGACAGACGUGCAGGCGACUAGGCGACAGUAGAUGGGUGGAGAGGUGCACAAACCGAAUGGACGAUGAUGAACGCACAAAAGUACAAAUGGACACGGCAAGAGGAGGCAAGACAGACAGUCAGACAAAAGAACAAACUGGCAGAUGGACGGACAAAUGGGUACUCUACAGUCUGCAGAAUAUGCCCAAAGUUGCAUCGACCGUACGAGCUAACGAACGCCAAGCGUACAAUUGGGUGCGAGGCAGGAUGGACGAGCUGUUUGAGCAACAUGAAGCGGAAGAAGAGGGUCACUUGCGGAGGUUAGAAAGGGCGAAAAGGGAUAUAAGCCGGAUAAAAGAACAGGCUAGAAAAUGGCAUGUUUUCGGGUAG